AUUUUUGUUGUUUUUGUCUGCUGGUUUUGAGUUGAAGUUUAAAGAAAAGAGAGAAGAGUGUGUGUGGAGAAACAGUGACAGAAAACAUGGGAAGAAGUCCUUGCUGUGAGAGAUUGGGAUUGAACAAAGGGUUUUGGAGUCCUGAGGAAGAUCGCAUUCUCAUCGAUCAUAUCAACACACAUGGUCACAAAAAUUGGCAUGCCCUACCCAGACAAGCUGGGCUUUUGAGGUGUGGGAAGAGUUGCAGACUCAGGUGGAUAAAUUAUCUUAGGCCAGAUAUUAAACGAGGCAAUUUUACAAAUGAAGAAGAAGACAUGAUAAUCCAGUUGCAUGAAAACCUGGGGAAUAGAUGGUCAGCCAUAGCAGGAAAGUUACCAGGUCGAACAGACAACGAAAUAAAGAACCUAUGGAACACCCACUUGAAGAAGAGGUUGUCCCACCAAGACAAAGACACGAAUCAAAACGAGUCCUUGGUCCGCACACAAAUUUCCAAACAACAACAACAACAACCCGUGAAUGCUCUUCCCACAGAUCAUGUCAUCGGAACCACAGACGAAAAAAAGGCACUGUCAUCUCCACAGUGGGCAAGCAGUGACGUGUCAACCCUCACCACUUCUACCACCAGUGACAGCAGAGACCACAGUGCUACUGCUAUUGAUCAUCAACACCGCUUGCCCGUGAAGCCUGAAUCGCUCGAUGAUGAUUUCUGGUCUCAAGUUCUCUCACCUGGUAAGUCCGGCGACACCGCCAGUUUUCCGGCCACCGGCGCGGGUCACCGGGACUUCCAAUGUUCACUCUCUCCGUUGUUGACUUCCAAAGGGGUGCAUGCGUCAAGUGCGUACGAUAAUGUCAACUUUUGGUACGAUGUGUACAUGGGAGAACAAGAAUUACGAGAUUUCUGAUGGUUUAUGUUAGAGAUAUUUCAACUGAACAUGUUAAUUAGUUAGUUAUAGGUAUAUGUUUUGCUACCUUUUGAACUUUUGGACUUGAGGAUGAGUUUCUGAGCUUGUGGACUUGAUCAGCUUUGGUGGAGA